GAUGGCUGAGGUAAAUGAGAUCCAUUCCGACGGCACGAAGACAUCGACGAACUGCCACUACUACCACGUUUUGCCCGAUUCCUCAUACAAGGCCAGGCAAUCUUCAGUCAGAUAUGGAUACGCUCCACACGACAGCAUAGUACCGUACCGAAUAGAGAAGACGAAACCGCGACCUAUAGAUCACCAUUUUUUCGACGAAUUCUUCAAGGAGCUGCCAGAACCAUCCUCCGAUGGCGAGCUAUACGAACCGACAAAGAUAUUAAAAGAACUCCACGCUCUGAAUCUGAAGAAGCUCCGAUAUGCGCAAGUCUACACACGGACCACGGAGAAUGUGAAGGUCACUGCCAUACCCUUUUUCGUUAAAUUCAACUACUUUUACUACUGGCAAUACCACAUGUGCGUUCAAAAUGUGGGCACAGACGAUCUUCGAUUAACAUGGUGGAAUAAGGUGGUGACGGAUCAGAAGAACGGACAGUAUGUCGAAGGCGGUAGCGGUUUGGACAAUGAAUCACCUGUGCUCACACCCGCAGACCCUUCAUUCGAACACGAAGGGCACUGUGCAUUGCCAACUCCUAGCGGGAAAAUACACGGAACAUACUCGUUGCAAUCUACAAAGGGGCCAUCGAGGUUAAAUACCACUUCUUCGAUGAUUAAAGUUUUAAUUCCGACGACUAUGCUGGAGUCUCAGUACAGCACAGAAUUGGAGAAUGCGCCUGACAGCUCAUCACCUGACAAGGAUACCUGAUCGCUCAAGUCUUCUUGAGGUUCUUACUCGGCCUCUCGAGUUCCUCAUUUGGCAGCCCGCAACGGAUGGCUCAUGUGUUUACUCGAGGACAUUCGCCGC